AUGAGCUUUGAGGAUUGGAGAAGAAUAGACGUGGACAAGUACGACCCAGACUACCAGUACACUCCGGAUGAGCUUCCAGAGGAGAAGGCCGGGGCUACGGCCGCCGACAUGCAAGCACUGACACAGACGUUGCGUGGCUUGAUACAACGGAUGGAAAUUGCGCAAGCGUUUGCCACUGCCAUUGAGUACGCUCCGUACGGGGCAGCGGAAGAAGUACGAGUCUCGUUUUUGAAGGCCGUGUUUGAGAUUUUUGUGAGCGUGAAGAUGAACGACGUUGCCGGGAUCACCAAGCAGCUGGACCUGGACACGCUGGACACCGUUGUCAAGUUUUUGUACACGCUCAUGGGAAAGGACUGGGCGCUGAAACAGUCUGGGUUGCUCCUUGUUUGGCUCGACAAGAUUGUCGAACAAGUCGGCGAAGGCCCAAUCAUACGGUACUUGAGCGAUCCAUACAAGCUCUAA